AUGCGAUAUCAAACAGUACGCCUAUUCAAGUUAUCUCGUCGGUGUACUCUCAGCCAAUACACCAGUUUCCGGCUUCACUCAAGCUUCACUCACAACACCCAGCAGCUCAGUCGCAGCAUCAAGGCACUCAGAGACACUCCAAAAAUUCCAAUUUUAGGUGCCCUCUUCAGCUCCAAAAGUAACUCAAACGAGAAAACUGGAACAAUGUCCUACCCCGACCAACGAAGUGAAGAACAGUGGAGGGCUGUGUUGAACCCCGGCACCGAACGCCCAGGUACUGGUGAAUACGACAAACAUCAGCCGUCCCAGGGAGUGUACAACUGUGCGGGAUGCAAUGCACCUCUUUACAAGGCAGGCCAUAAGUUUAAGUCGGGCUGUGGCUGGCCUGCCUAUUUCGACUCAGUUCCUGGGGCUGUAACGAGACAUGUGGAUUUUGCCCUUGGUAUGAAGCGAACUGAGAUUGUCUGCAGCAACUGUGGUGGCCAUCUCGGGCACGUCUUCCAGGGCGAGGGAUAUCCCACGCCAACCGACGAACGCCAUUGUGUGAAUAGCAUUAGUCUGCGAUUUACUGAAGAUGAGAAAGUCUAA